UCUUGCUUCUGUGAUUCUCUCUGCCCUACCAGGACUCAUUGACCUAAGUGAAGCUUACAAAAUUUGGAAGGUUGAUAAGAUAGACUUUCUUGCAUGCGCUGGAGCAUUCUUUGGAGUAUUGUUUGCUUCUGUGGAGAUUGGUCUACUUGCUGCGAUUUGGUGAACAUUGACACCGUUGGAAUCACUGCUCUAGAGGAACUGCAUAAAAGUUUGUCUUCACAUGGAAAACAGAACGUGGAUGCAGGUGCAGCAAAGGAACUGAUGGCAUAUUUGGUCAAGCUGCAGUCCUCACUUUCAGAAGUCAAUCAGUAUGUUAAUUUUAGUACACUAACAAUAGAAGCUAUUUGGUUCACUCAAUUAAGAAAAGAAUCUUAACAAGUUAAUUUCUCAUUCUUUAAAACUCAGUACAUAAUGAGUUUUGCUUUUA